AUGACCACAGAACAGAAAGGGCAGUCAGGCCAGGGUGCAUUUGGAUGGGGCACCAAUGGAGCGAUUCUGAGCAUAGAACCAACCACACCAUCCUUGAUGAUAGAAAUGACAGGAAGCUAUGACUAUAACUACACCUAUCAUGGACAUUGGGUCAUGGAGAGUAUAAUUCUCUGGUGGUUGGAAGUCAUCACUGAUGUGAUUGGACUGACAGGAAAUGCAGCUGUGAUUUGGCUCCUGGACUUCCAGAUUCGAAGAAAUGCCAUCUCAGUUUACAUUCUAAACCUGGCUGUGGCUGACUUCCUCUACCUCUGCUUUCAUCUUAGUUUUCCCCAGGACAAUUUUACCUUACAUUUUCUUUCAACUUGCUGCCUGUCUGUCCUGUGUCCCAUCUGGCACCAGUGCAGCCGCCCAGGACAUGCAUCAUCCUUCAUGUGUGUGCUGGUCUUGGUACUAUCACUGCUGUUUCCCUUUUUUAAACUUUCUACUGCUGGAUACUUGCUCUUUUUAUCGGUGAUUCUCUCAGGGUCCAGCCUGGCUCUGACAGUUAAAAUGUUCUGUGGCUCUUGACAGAUGCCAGUGACCAGGUUGUAUGUGAUCGCCCAGCUCACAGCGCUGGUCUUCAUCUUCUGUGGCCUGCCCUUCGGCAUUAUCUAUUUUCCUCUGCUACUUUUUUCACCUUUUGUUUUUCCUACUGGUGUUAACAACUGUGCCAAUCCCAUCAUUUACUUCUUUGGCUCCUUUAGGCGACAGCAGAGGAGACUCUCAAGCAGGUUCAGCAGAGCGCUCUGCAGGCACUCCUGA